AUGAAAAUGGCCACACCUCCACCAAAGGUGCCCUUGCUGCGGCUGCAGCCACCUCAGGAUAUCUUUCAGCGGCUUGCAGAUGCAGAGCAGCACAUUCUGGAACUGCGCUCAAGGAUCAUAGGUCUGACAGCCCUGAAUGCAGAGCUCACCCAGAAGCUGACACAUGAGGUGACGGAGACAACGGCGCUGAAAGCACUGGACGCAAGGAAUGACGAGCUGCAGGCCCAGCUCACUGCAGCCAACAAGGAGAUCACUGGCCUGCAGGCUGAUCUGGCGCUGGCAGAGAAGCUGGAGAAGAGGAUGAUGACUAAGGUGGCCACAGCCGAGAAGGUUCGAGAGGAGACAGAGAUCAGCCUGCUGAAUAGCGGCCCCAUUGGCCGCGCGCAAGUGGAGCGAGUGGCCGCUCUCAAUGCGCGCAUCGAGGAACUUGAGGCCCAGCUGUCCGGCAGGCGCCCGGCACAGAAGCUCGGCACGCCACCUCCGCGCACACCUAAGAUUGUGGCGGCAGACAAAGGCAGAGAUGGCAGCGAUCUGAUUGGCAGCAGGGAGGACAUGCAGCAGCAGAUAAGGGCUUUGACAGAGGAGCUCAGCAGCCUCAGAGCAAACCUCAUCGCAGCAGAGGAGAGGGUCUCAAUCCAGACAGAAGCAGCCCAGGCUGCCAAGCAGAGUCUGGCAGAGGAGUCAGGGAAGAGGAGCGCUCUCCAAGAACAAGUGACUGCCCUGAACAUCCGCCUGGAAGAAGCAAAUGCAAAUACUUCGCAGCAGGAGCCUGUGCCGAACAAUGCAGCUGCAAAGGGUGGCGAGGAGGUCGCGCAGCUGAUAGCUGAGAACAAGAGGCUGACAUCGCUCCUGGCUGAGGCGGAGAGGGCAGUCGAGGAGGCUGCUCACCUUCAGGACGUGCUGGAAGCGGAGAGGGAGAGCCAUGCUCUGCAGGACGGCAUCUUGGAGGAUACACUGGCCAGGCAGAGGCGGGCGGAGCAGACAGCGGCGAUGGCGCAGGAGCAGCUGGAGCAGGAGCGAUCGGCCGCGGCCGCCGCGCGUGAGCGCUCGAGAAACGCCACGGCAGGCGGCCUGGCCGACCGCGAGGAAAAAGCCGCAGUCAAGGCGCAGCUCGCUGAGCUGCAGGCAGAAGUCGCCUCCCUGCGUGCCGCUGCCAAGAACGCGGGCCAGGAGUCAGAGCAGCGUGCAUCGGAGCUGGCAGGGCUGCGGCUGCAGCACUCGUCGCUGGGCAGCACGCAUGAGGCCACCCUGAAGGAGCUGGAUGUCGUGCACAGCAGCCAUUCAAACGCAGCCAAGCGUGCGGAGGAAGCCCUUGCUGAGCUGGCCCUUGUGCGGGAUACGCAGCAAGCCCUCACAAAGCAGGCGCAGCAGCUGGCGUCGGUGCAUGCGCAGCAGGCGGCGCAGGCGCGGGCGGAGCUGGAGGAGGUACGCCGCGCGGCAGCCGACAGCAUCCGCUCCAGCUCCGUCUCCACCGAGCAGCUGCGCGAGCUGCAGGACCUGCGAGAUCGCGUGGCUGAUGCUGAUCAGGAGAGGGCCCGCUGGGCUGCCGGCACUGCUGCCGGAUCAGGUGAUGGCACGGAGCUGGAGAAGCUGCGCCUGCAGCUGAGGCAUGUGGAGGGCGAAUUGGCGGCAGCUGGCAGCACAUCGGCCGGCUUUGACGUGGAUCUUGCGAGCGUCGACGAUGUGAUUGCUCUGAAGACUCAGGUUGCCAACCUGAUGGCUGAGAUAGAAAGCGAGCGACACGCUGCCAGAGAAGUCGCGGCGCUGGCAGCAGCCAAGGCAGAGGAGGUGGAGGAGCUGUCAGAGCAGCUGGCGCUGGCGCGUGAGAUGCUGGGCAAGCAGGGGGUGCCGGUCUUCACAGCCCCCACGAGCCCUUCCUCCCAGAGCAGCGAUGGCGGCUCGCGGCCGAACUCCCCACCUGACAUUGGAACCUCCCAGCACAACCCGGGUCCUCACCGGCUGCCUCCCCGCUUCCAUGGCCCCCAGGUAGAGCAGCUGCCUCGGCGCAGCCCACGCAUGGUCAUCACCCCGAGGCAGAUCGAGGACCGCUCUGAAGAAAUCCAGAGCCUCAAGACAGAGCUGGCCGGUCUGCGAGACGAGCUGCGCACGGUGCGGGGCCAGCUGGCGAGCGCGGUGUCGGCAUCGGCGGCGGCGGAGGGGCGCGUCCGCCAGCUCAGCAGCCAGGUCAGCGUGCGGGACGCCGCGCUGGCCAAGAUGCGCGAGGAGCACGACGCCGUCGUCAGCAGCCUCAAGCAGGUGACGGCUGAGGCGGCGCAGCUGCGGCGCAACAGCGUGGACCAGGAGGUGCCGGGGCAGGAGCUGGCGGCGCUGCAGGCCAAGUACGGCGCCGUGGCCGCCAAGCACGAGGAAGCCCUGGGGAAGUUGGCCGCUCUGCAGGCCGCCAAAGAGGCCGCCGAGUCUGUCAAGGCCUCUGCGCUCGCCGAGGCCGCCUCCCACCAGCAGACCGCUCGCUCCCAUGCCAUCAGGAGCGAGGAGAAGCAGGCGGAGAUAGAGGAGCUGCGGGCCGAGGUGCGUAGGGGGGAGGCUCGGCUGCGCACGCUGCACCGCGACAUGAAGGCGCAGCAGGACAAGGCCGAGCUGCACUCCAAAUUCUCCACCCAGUACCUGACCGAGCUCGAAGACCUGCGCUCCAAGCACGCCGCCCUCCAGGAUGCGCGGCUGUAA